UUGUGCGGCUGCGCUUCCCUUCCCCCGCGCUCGGCCGGGCCGCGGCCGUGCCGGUGUCUCUGCCCCGGCCGUGCCCGUCUCCCCGCGGUCUCCAUGCCGUCGCGGGUGCUGUGCCUGGGCGGCGGGGCCGGGGGUCCCGCUGCGCGCAGGGUCCGCCUGCUCCUGCGGCAGGUGGUGGGCGGCGGCGCGGCCGCGGCGCGGUACGGCCGCUCCGAGGUCAGGGCGCUGCACAGCUCAGGUGAUACUGUCACUAUUGGAGAUGUGUCUUUUAAACUCAAAACACCGAAGAACCCAGAACUUGUUCCACAGAACUACAUGACAGAGUCUCUGGCCCAGUCUGUAGUCCACCAUUUAAGAUGGAUAAUGCAGAAAGAUCUUCUUGGCCAAGAUGUCUUUCUUAUUGGGCCUCCUGGGCCUCUCCGGAGAUCUAUUGCCAUGCAGUACCUGGAGCUGACAAAGCGGGAGGUUGAAUAUAUCGCACUGUCGAGGGACACCACAGAAACUGACCUCAAACAGCGACGAGAGAUCCGGGAUGGCAGUGCUUUUUAUCUUGACCAGUGUGCAGUUCGUGCAGCUACUGAAGGCAGAAUCCUUGUUCUGGAAGGCUUGGAGAAGGCUGAGCGGAAUGUCCUGCCAGUGUUGAACAAUUUGCUGGAGAAUAGGGAAAUGCAGCUUGAAGAUGGCCGUUUUCUCAUGUCUGCAGAUCGUUAUGACAAACUUUUGAAGGAGCAUACAAAAUCAGAGUUAGAUGCAUGGAAGAUUGUUCGGGUUAGUGAAGAUUUUCGAGUGAUAGCCUUGGGCCUGCCAGUACCUAAAUACUCUGGUAACCCUUUGGAUCCACCUCUCCGCUCUCGAUUUCAAGCGAGAGAUGUUUAUCAUCUACCCUUUAAGGACCAUCUUCAGCUGUUAUAUUCAAUUGGAUCAAACAUUUCCACAGAGAGAAUUUCUCAGCUCCUGUCUUUUGCUACAACUCUCUGCUCUCAAGAAUCUUCUACAUUGGGACUUCCAGAUUUUCCUUUAGACAGCUUAUCGGCUGCAGUUCAGAUUUUGGAUUCCUUUCCUAUGAUGUCAGUCCAGCAUGUUAUUGAUCGGCUUUACCCCUAUCAUCUUUUCCUUGGAAAGGAAGGCAGGACUGCUGUCAAAGACAUGUUAAAACGCUUUGAGCUUCAAGAUUCAGAAAAACAAUUGUUUCCCAGGAAGAUUACUAGAGUAGAAAGUGUAUAUGGAAACAAACCCUUUAAGGCUGAUGUAACUGUCCAAAUUGGCGAAAAAGAAGUGACAUUCCAGGUUCCAGCUGGAACUGGAAUGUUAAAAAAUCAUUCUCGAUCAGAUACUUUCAUAAGGACUUCCAGCCAUAAUCAACUGUUGGCAGAAAUGAUGCAAUCCCAUAUGGUUAAAGAUAUGUGUUUAAUUGGAGGAAAAGGCUGUGGCAAAACAGUUAUUGCCAAGGAGUUUGCUGAUAUACUGGGAUACAGCAUAGAACCUAUCAUGCUAUACCAAGAUAUGACAGCUAGAGAUUUGCUACAGCAAAGGUACACUCUUCCAAAUGGAGACACUGCUUGGAGACCAUCACCUCUUGUCACUGCAGCUCUGGAAGGAAAGCUUGUUCUUCUUGACGGCAUUCAUCGAAUUAACCCUGGCACUCUAGCUGUGCUCCAAAGACUAAUACAUGACAGAGAACUGACUCUCUAUGAUGGCACCAGAUUAUUAAGGGAAGAUAGAUACCAAAAUCUAAAAGAAGAAUUGCAGCUCUCUGAUGAGAAACUACAGGAGAGGUCUAUCUUUCCUAUCCAUCCUUCUUUCAGAAUAGUGGUCUUAGCAGAGCCUCCUGUCAUUGGAAGUAGUACCCAACAAUGGCUGGGUCCAGAGUUUCUGACACUGUUUCUUUUUCAUAAUGUUCGCUCUUUAAGCAAGAGUGAAGAAAUUGAAGUCAUUAAACAAAUGAUUCCAAAUGUACCCAGCGUUGCUGUGGAAAAGUUGUUGUCAGUAACACACAAGCUUCGGGAGACAAAUGAUGCCACUGCACAGUCACUGGCCUCAUUUUUAUCUACUCGACAACUGUUGCGAAUUUGCCGUCGACUGUCACAAUAUCCAGAUGAAAGCCUUUAUGAUGCUGUUAAUAAAGCCUGCCUUUCCAGAUUUUUACCAAACCUCGCCAGAUCAGCUUUACACAAAAAUCUGCAGGAUUCUGGUAUUGAAACAAGUCCAGAUGACACAGAGAAACUAGAAGGAAAGGAUUACACAUUUGUAUCUCUGACUUUGUUCUAUCAGAAUGUGUUGCUGCUCUCACAUAUGAUGGUAAUGGAAGAUAUGCUCAAGGACUUUCUGCUGGGAGAGCAUCUUCUUUUAGUUGGCAACCAGGGAGUUGGGAAAAACAAGGUUGUUGACAGAUUCCUUCACCUUUUAAACAGACCCAGAGAAUAUUUACAGCUGCAUAGGGAUACCACUGUACAAAGCCUUACCCUACAGCCUUCUGUAAAGGAUGGUCUUAUUAUAUAUGAAGAUUCACCACUGGUAAAAGCAGUGAAGUUUGGACAUAUUUUGGUAAUUGAUGAGGCGGACAAAGCACCAACAAAUGUUACCUGUAUCUUAAAAACUUUAGUAGAAAGUGGGGAAAUGGUUUUGUCAGAUGGAAGGCGAAUUGUUGCCAAUCAUGCUCAUGUAGAGGGGAGAGAAAACGUCAUAGUUAUUCAUCCUGAUUUUAGAAUGAUAGUUCUGGCAAAUAGACCUGGAUUUCCUUUCUUGGGUAAUGACUUUUUUGGCACAUUAGGGGACAUUUUUAGUUGCCAUGCUGUUGAUAAUCCCAAACCACAGUCAGAACUGGCAAUGCUUAAACAAUAUGGUCCUGAUGUUCCAGAGGCCAUUCUGCAGAAACUGGUAGCUGCUUUUGGAGAGCUCAGGAGCUUAGCUGACCAAGGAAUUAUUAACUACCCCUAUUCAACUAGAGAAGUUGUGAACAUUGUAAAACAUUUACAGAAAUUUCCAUCUGAAGGACUCGCAAAUGUUGUUCGAAAUGUAUUUGACUUUGACUCAUACAACAGUGAAAUGCGUGAAAUUUUAUACAACACUUUGCACAAAUAUGGGAUACCUAUUGGAGCAAAACCGACCAAUGUACAGCUGGCCAAGGAACUGCCAUUACCAGAUCAUAAGUUUGUGGGCUACUGGAAGGUCGAUCAGCCAGGAAAUGCACAAAAGAAAAUGCUGUGUCCAUCAGAAACUCAAAAAAUAGAUGUAAAGGGCCCUGUGCACUUAAAUAUUCAAGGCUUUCCACUGGAACGACAUGAAGCCAGGUCCAUCAGUUUCACAGAAGAACUUGCUUUUUGGACACUGCCUUUAGAUGAAAUUAACUUGGUUUGCGACGUCACAGUAACAAAAGAAGAAGAACAUAAAAAUGUUCUCUAUGUUACUACAUGCAAUCCUGUUUCCUUGUACUUCAUGAACAUUUCUAGUAAGACUGGAUACUUUGUGGAUCUUUAUGACCUCUUCCCAAGAACAGUUGGAAGUGUCUGGCAACCUUUUGUGACUGCAGCACCACUGGGAAAUCCACUUAAAGGUCAAGUGGUUCUACAUGAAGAGGAGAGCAAUGUUGUGUUGUUGCUGGAUACAAGCAACGGUGCCCUUCGCCGACUUCUGCUCUCACCAGAUGCUCAAGACUCUCCUAAGAGAACAUCUUGGUGGAGCAACAAGGAAGAGAAGAGCAACUACAAAAUGUGCCGAGAGUUUUCACACAAAAACUGGCUGGUGUUCUACAAAGAAACAGGAAACCACCUUAUUGUACUGGAUGUACUGGAGGGUCAAGCUCACACCAUCUCACUUCCAAUCAGUCUGAAAUCUGUUUUUCUGGUGGCUGAAGACCGGUGGCUCUUAGUGGAAAACGAAACAAAUAAGAAAUUUCUUUUAACCAAGCAUGCCCAUAUGGAAGCUCAAGGCAGUGAAGUUUGCCAGCUGCAUGCAUUGAAUGAAGAGCCAGCUGACAUGGGAUUUGGCUUAACAACAGUGUCAGAACUGAGUGUGCCUCAUGCAGUUUCAACUGACCAGCUAUCUUCAGAAAACCUCAGUGCAGCUGUGGGACAAAAGAUCAGCUCCCCCAACAGGAUCUUCUCAGAUGAGCAUAAUUAUGCUACUAUUGUCAUUGGUUUCCCAGACCUCUUGUCUCCCAGUGAAGUGUAUAGCUGGAAGAGAAACUCCUCUCUGAGUCACAAACGUGCUUCUCCUUCUGAUCCACUUUAUUAUGGAGCCCAGAGGAAAACAGGAGCUGCAAAACAAACCAAUUGUGUUACUUUAUUGGCUUCUAAUCAAAUAGUCCGAAUUUUAGCACCUGGAGAUGUGCCUCUGAAAGACAUUUACCCAAAAGAUGUCACUCCUCCGCCAGCUGCUGGAUACUUGGAAGUAACGGAUCUUAAUUCAAAGAAAAUCAAAUACAUUGCAAUUCCUAGGUCACAGUCUCUCUCUCCAUAUACAUCUUGGCUCUCUAAGAUCUCAGAUGCUGACGCCCUGCUGGCACCUCUGGGCAAAGUAGGUUUGGUUACUGUGGACAUGGGAGGAGGUGUGAGGCUUUGGGAGACUGGGCUGGAAAGCCUCCAGCAGUCACUGCAGGAUUGGAGGAACAUGAUUGGCCAAGAAGAUGGUCGUCCUGUGCAGAUAACCAUUGAGAGGGAAAGUGGUUUGGAUGUCAGCUCCCCCAAACAUGGAAAAGUGGAUCCAGACAACAUGCCACAUGUUGGUGGAAAUACGUGGGCUGGUGGAACAGGUGGGAGAGACACUGCUGGGUUAGGUGGCAAAGGUGGGCCGUAUCGGCUGGACGCUGGCCACAGGGUUUACCAAGUGUCUCAGGCUGAAAAGGAUGCUGUUCCUGAGGAAGUUAAGAGAGCUGCUCGAGAGAUGGCUGAAAAGGCCUUUAAACAGAGAUUGAAAGAGAUUCAGAUGAGUGAAUAUGAUGCAUCAACUUACGAAAGGUUCUCUGGAGCAGUCCGACGUCAAGUUCAGUCACUCCGCAUCAUCUUGGACAAUCUGCAGGCCAAGGGUAAAGAAAGACAAUGGCUGAGACACCAAGCUGUUGGAGAGCUAGAUGAUGCUAAAAUCAUUGAUGGGCUGACAGGAGAAAAAGCCAUAUAUAAACGACGUGGAGAACUUGAGCCACAACCCGGCAGCCCCCAGCAGAAGCCCAAGCGCCUGCGCCUGGUGGUGGAUGUUUCCGGCAGCAUGUACCGCUUCAACGGGGUGGAUGGGCGCCUGGAGCGCUCCAUGGAGGCCGUCUGCAUGGUCAUGGAAGCUUUUGAGAAUUAUGAGCACAAAUUCAAGUACGACAUUGUUGGACAUUCAGGAGAUGGCUUCAACAUCGCCUUGGUUGGGAGUGACGAAGUUCCCAAGAAUAAUAAGCAAAGAUUAGAGAUUCUUAAGACCAUGCAUGCCCACGCUCAGUUCUGCAUGAGUGGAGACCAUACCUUGGAAGGGACAGAACAUGCCAUUCGGGAAAUUGCCAAGGAGGAGGCUGACGAGUAUUUUGUUAUCGUCUUAAGUGACGCAAAUCUGGAGCGUUACGGAAUUCCGCCAUCGAAGUUUGCACAGGUCUUGACCACCAACACUCAAGUCAAUGCUUUUGCCAUAUUUAUAGGAUCCUUGGGAGACCAGGCAGAUAGGCUGCAGAGGACACUGCCAGCAGGUCGGUCUUUCAUUGCCAUGGAUACCAAAGAGAUCCCUCAAAUUUUGCAGCAGAUCUUCACAUCUACCCUGUUGUCAAGUGCCUAAGCAUCACUGAUGUCACCGGGUGUGAACUCAAAGGGGAAACCCACUCCUGCUGGAGGUACAAACCCUAAAGCUGAGGAUAAACACAAUUAUUAAUAAAAUACAUACCCUUCUUUAAUCAGCCAAGCAACCAUAAUCUACAUGACGGCCAGGCUGUAAAUUUCCCCCAGAGUCUCUCAAGCGACUCAGCACAUUCAAAGGGCAGAGGAUGGCAACACAAUGAAUGCUUUUCUGGAGGGACAAACAAACAAAGGACAAUCUGUGAUCAUUCCUCUGCUUGCCAUGUUGCCAGCACUAUGGAAUCAUGUCCCCCUGUUUCAUUAAACACAGUUCACUGGGAUUUGGUAAUCCUGUGCAAGGCAGAUCCAGGCAAUCUGUGUCAGUGUUUCAGGUGCAUAUGUUUGAAUGGAUGGUUAACUCCAUCUCUGAUUUAAACAGGCCUGCUCUUGCCAGGCAGGAAAUCCUUCCUUCCUCUCCUGUUGUUUUCUUGUCUCGAUGGGCAUCAGGGCUUCACCCGACACUGGGAACAAUGGAGCAGUUUGGAAACACGGACCAUCACGCGUAAACAUUCAUUAUCUGAUCAGGCACAGUGCUCCGAGUUGUCAGACCUAGAGAAAGUGGCUGUUAAGAAGUAAAAGAAACAAAAAAAAUUUGGUUCAGUUCUGCCUAUGAAAAAUAACGGGAAAGGGUCAAAACACUCUUAAGAACCCAAGAGGCAGCAUUUCCAAGAAGGAAACUUUGCACAAUUCCUUUGCACAGCUGAUGAUGCUGCACCCACUGCAGUGUUACACAGAAUCCCUCAGAUGGCCUCAGCACAUGGGGUUGGCUCUUCAAUCAGAAGACAAAAAGGUUACUAGUGUUUUGCUAGAGCAUGUUCACAGUCUGUUUUUCUUGGGUCAUUUGAAGGUUAAACUGGAGGAGAGAUUUAGGCAUGAAAAAAUAAAUUAUUUUUUUAUAAAGGAAGAGGGAAAAGUAUUUUAGCAAGAUAUCUGUGUUAGAAUGUAUUUAAUAUCCAAGUUAGUUGUAAAGACUUACUUUAUGAUUCAAUCAGUUGGUGUUUGGCUUGUCCCAUAAGGUGAUAAUUCCUCUUUAUGUACUAAAGAAGAGCUAUUUUGUAGUUCUUUGGGAACAGUGGAAUACUCGAUGAAUUGAAUGUAUGAUUUAAUGACGCUGGUGUGGGGGAUGUGCAUCAUAACUGAUACUAAUUACAGAGUAACUGAAUAACAGAACAUUCAGGAAGAAUGCCUACAAAAAUCUGAAGGAGGAAUUGCAAUUAUUUUAAUUUUUCUCUUAGUCUUGCAGUUGAUCAAGCUGCACCUUGAGCAGUAUCUUUAGAAGGGAAGAGGCAAAUUAAUUUGGUCUCAUUAAAUACAACCAUCGGUGUUUUAAAGGAUCCAGCUUAUGGUGGUCGUUCUCUCGUCCAUCAGUCCUGCAGCAAAAAUCUUUACCAGACCAUCAAAAAUCUCCCCUGUUUAGGAUGAGUUUUGAAGCCUGGUCAGCUUUCAAACUCUUUAUGACAAGAGGGGACGGAAGACAUUUUUCAAAGUCUUGUUAGCAUUGUUAUGAUAACUAUAUAUGUGAAAACAAAGAGAUUGAAGAUGCAGUUCCUGUUUGGAAUUGGGAGGAGAAGGUUUAGAAGGUUUUCCCUGGUUGGGACAAAUGCACAUGUAUGCACAUACACACAGAUGCUGCUACUAAGGGGAAGUGUGCUUCAAAAUAAAAAUAUCUUGGUCCUGUAAACAUAUGAUGAGAUACUAAAUGCAAUAAAGUAUUGAAAUAUU